GCCGUGCAGCGUGGCUGGGAGCCCCCUCUUGAGCCCAAGGACCUCGACAAGCCACCGGGCCCUCGACGGGUUGCACCGCCUGCAGCCAAUCCUGCCGGGAAAGGUUCCCGAGCAUCGACGCUUAAGGCGUUACCAAAGGCUUCUCAGAAGGUCGGUCAGAGCUUAGAGGGCGCGCUCAAGAGCAUAGUGCCACCGCCCCCACCUGCGGUGAUACUACCACCUGCCAAAGGAAGGCCCUUGGAGACUGCCGAGAAUGGGCAAGCUAGAGAGGAGGUAGACUCCUUGGCCAAUGAGCUGGAGAGUUUCCCGACUGGAACAGUCGAUAUGUCGUAUUCUGUUUGCUGUGAAGUCCCAGCCUUGCGUGUUGGAGCGCUCGUGGGCACUGGAGGUGAGGUCAUACGGCAAGUUGAACAGGCUUCCGGUGCCCAGAUUGAAAUCGAGAAGUCGAGCGAACGGAGCGGAGACUUCAGGACGAUGACACUCGUGGGCACACUGGUGAGCGUCUACUUGGCCCAUGCCAUGAUGUGGUCAAGGCUUCAGAGCCUCGAUUCUCAAGAUCAGGACCAAGAGGAGGAGGAACAAGAGCAAGAGGAGGAGCAAGAGGUUGAGCAAGAUGGGGAGCACCCGAGCCAGGAGGAGUUCCAGCACGAGCAGGAGCAUCCCGAGGCUGAGGAGGAGGUGUAUCAGGCGGAGGAG